CGCCCGCUCCUCUGCCGGUGCCCCCUCCUGAUCCCAAGCCCAACGGGCACCACCCCACCCCCACCCCGACCCCCACAUCGACCCCCCGCAUGUCGGUGUGCUCCCGGACGACUGUGGUCACGAUGGACAGUACCUCCAGAGGUCUCCACUCGGUCAUGAAGUGGAAGACAGUCUUGGCAAUCUUCGUGGUGGUGGUGGUGUAUCUGGUGAGCGGCGGACUCGUCUUCCGGGCUCUAGAACAGCCAUUCGAAAGCAGCCAAAAAAGUACGAUAGCCCAAGAGAAGGCGGAUUUCCUGCAGAGGCAUUCCUGUGUGACUCAGCUAGAGCUCGACGCUUUGAUUAAGAAAGCCAUCGAUGCAGACAACGCCGGGGUGAAUCCGAUCGGAAACUACUCCAACAGCAGCAGCCACUGGGACCUGGGCAGCGCCUUCUUCUUUGCGGGCACCGUCAUCACCACUAUAGGUUAUGGGAACAUUGCACCGAGCACAGAAGGAGGAAAGAUCUUUUGUAUCCUCUAUGCGAUAUUUGGAAUCCCACUCUUUGGCUUCCUAUUGGCUGGAAUCGGUGAUCAGCUUGGUACCAUCUUUGGGAAGAGCAUUGCAAGAGUCGAGAAGGUUUUCAGGAAGAAGCAGGUGAGUCAGACCAAGAUCCGGGUCAUCUCCACCAUCUUGUUCAUCGUGGCCGGGUGUCUGGUGUUUGUGACCAUCCCCGCGGUCAUCUUCAAGCAGAUCGAGGGCUGGACGGAGCUGGAGUCCAUCUACUUCGUGGUGGUCACCCUCACCACGGUCGGAUUUGGGGACUAUGUGGCAGGAGGAAACACGGACAUCCUGUAUCGGGAGUGGUAUAAACCCAUGGUGUGGUUUUGGAUCUUGGUCGGCUUGGCGUACUUCGCCGCAGUCCUGAGUAUGAUCGGAGACUGGCUUCGUGUGAUAUCCAAGAAGACCAAAGAAGAGGUUGGAGAAAUUAAGGCUCACGCCGCAGAGUGGAAAGCUAACGUGACCGCAGAAUUCAGGGAGACCCGCAGGCGGCUGAGCGUAGAGAUCCACGACAAACUCCAGAGAGCAGCCACCAUAAGAAGCAUGGAGCGCCGGAGACUCGGGCUAGACCAGAGAGCUCACUCCCUUGACAUGCUUUCUCCAGAGAAGCGCUCAGUCUUUGCCGAAUUAGAAAAUGGGCGUUUCAAGGCCUCAUCCCAAGAGAGCAUUAACAACAAGCCUAACAACCUCCGACUCAAGGGGGUAGAGCAGUUCAACGCUUUACACGCUCAAGGCCUUUCGGAGGACAACAUCGUCAACAGGUUUGGCUCGAACUCUUCCAAGCUGACCAAGAGGAAAAACAAGGACCUGAAGAAAAGCCUGCCAGAGGACGUACGGAAAAUAUACGAGAACUUCCGAAAGUAUUCUGUAGACGAAGAGAAAAAGGAGGACGACCCAGACCGGCUAUCCACCUCGGACACGGCGACGCUCUCCGACUUCAUUCAACACUCGAUCAUCGAGAACGGCUCAGUACCUUGUGAAACCAAAGACGAGGAGCACGAGAACAAAGCAUUACUUGAAGAACGCAACUAACGGGGCACAUUUAAGGAUGAUCGCUCUGUCAUGGCACGACAAAGCUGUGGGCUGCAGUUUGGGAGUGACUGUGAACUUCUCUUCACCAUUCUGGAGCCCAAAGUUGGUCGGCACGUUGACAAAGCAGUGACCUUAGACCCCUUCUGUGCUGUAGGGGGUCAGCCGUCCAUUCUCUUGCCUGCUCCUCCAGCACAGAAGGGGUUAACCCAUCCCCCCCGAUGUAAAAACUUUUGUUCACGAAAAAAAAAAUCCGACAACAAUCGGUUACAUUAAAGGAGUUCUUGAGACAUGUGCCUUAUGCGGAUUUUUUCAAUUACUUGGAGCUCUGUAAACUGCAUCGGUGGAAAUAUACUGUGCCAUAACUGACUGCCAAAAAAAAAAAAAUAACUACAUAAAAACCUACAAAAAUGAAACAAGGGAUCGACGACUGGAAUGAUCACUUCGUAUGUGAACCUCAGAAGAUAGCAGUGUGGUCGGGAAUAUUAAAGGAAAUAUUUAAAUGCCGACGCGUUUCACACUUUAAUUCAAAGACAGUAGGUGGGGGUCUUCUGGGCUAAUAGGAAGUAACACAUAUAUGCAUUUUUUUUUUGCGGCACAUGGGUAGAAUAAGGAACACACAAAGACAAUGUAUCUCAUCUUUCUAACCUCCAGAUUUGGGCCGGGUUCUGUCCCGGGCCAUAAUAACAUCAGCAGCACACAUCCAGAAUCAAUUCGCCAUCAGCUUUUUACCAGAAAAUGAGCACUGUGGCAGUUACCAUUACCAAUGAAAAUACCACAAACUGUGACAGCGCUACAAUUUAGCUGUAGGCUGCGGUGUGUCAAUGCCCCCGCCCCCUGCGGUGAAAUGGAAAGAUGUCCGUUUUAAAGAGAAAACAAGCGUUGACCGUGGUUCCUAUUUUUUUUUUUUAUAUCUUACAGACACUUUAUAUUUUCGGGAAGAAAUUCCAGCUCUCAGUGCUGUAUAAGAUGGCAGCAGAGGAGCGGCUUGCAUGUGGUUCAAGGUCGCCCCGUGCCUGAUAGGGCUGGAAUAGACCCGCGGCAUAGUGACAAUGGAGACAUUUAUGUACGAUUCUCAGGGCUUUGUGUCCCUUCUGCAAAAGGAUUGGACGGGCACCGUACUUAAUCAACCCCAAAAAAAAAAACACUCUCGAAGUUUGAAAGUGCGCCAAGGUCAAAUGAAGGAGAGGGGGUGUGGAGGAGGGAAUGAUUCAAGUGCUCACCGCUUUGUGCCAUUUUAUUUUGUAACUUUUUUCAAAGUAUUUUAAAGUUUUUUGAUUUA